AUAGAAAAAAAAUCAGGAGUUGAUAAAUAGUCUGUUAUCUAUGAAUAAAUAGUUGUCAAAAGUUUAAGGUUAAAGCCAGAAAUAUUCUUGUAAAAUAGUUACUCUGAAUAAAAUAUGGAUGAAAAUGUAAUAACAAAUGAAGCAAGUAAUUCAAGUCAAGCUGAAAAUUCAGUUCCUUCUCCAGAGUCUUUUAAAAAACCGUUAUUAAUAGGAAAAAUAGGCCGUCUUCCACGUAAAAUACCAGUCUAUACAAAAACAAAUAAUGUAAAAGAAGACACUUUGGAUACAACAAAUGAAUUAGGUAAAGAAGCUGAAGCUAUCCAUGUUGAAAAACAAGAACUGAGACAAAAAUCAGAAGAAGGAAAUCAACUUGAGUUACCUGUAGAACAUCCUUUACCAUACAAAGAGCCUGUUUGGUCUGGUCUACCUGAAAGCAAUGGAGUAAAGUAUACUUUUGAAGUACUUAAGAAUGGUGUUAUUGUUGAAACUGUAGAUUUAAUGAAAAAAUCUUCCUGGGUAUUUGGUAGAUUACCAAACUGUGAUAUAUAUAUGGCUCAUCCUACAAUUUCAAGAUAUCAUGCAGUUUUGCAGUACAGAAGUAAGCCUGAUGAAGAAAAUUCUGCAGGGUUUUACAUUUACGAUUUAUCCAGUACACAUGGAACAUUUUUAAACAAAAACAAAAUUAGACCAAGGGUUUAUGCCAGAGUAAAAGUAGGACAUAUGAUUAAGUUGGGGUGUAGUACCCGAAAUUUCAUCCUAACUGGACCAGAAGAUGAUACUGAAGAUGAGUCAGAAUUAAGUGUGACUGAAUUAAAACAGAAACGCCUUGAAGAACUCACUAGGAGAGAAGAGGAAGAAAGAGAAGCAAAACUUAAAGCAGAACUUGAAGAAGAGGCAAGACUUAAAAAAGAAGAAGAGAAGGGAAUUGAUUGGGGAAUGGGUGAUGAUGCCGAAGAUGAAGAUGUGGAUUUAUCUGAGAAUCCAUACGCCCAAACAAACAACGAAGAACUUUAUAUAAGUGACCCAAAAAAAGCGUUACGUGGAUUUAUGGAAAGGGAAGGAUACGACCUGGAAUACGACUGCGAAGAACAGGGAUUUGGGCAAUUUGUAUGUCGUGUUGAACUACCUUUAGACGACGAAAAAGGACGUCCGAUCGUUGCUGAAGUAUUACAUAAAGGAAAGAAAAAAGAAGCUGUAGUACAAUGUGCGUUAGAGGCUUGUAGAAUACUAGAUCGUUUUGGUGUCUUAAAACAAGCAACUCAUGAAUCGCGAAAACGUAAAGCAAAGAACUGGGAACAAGACGAUUAUUACGAUAGUGACGAAGACACAUUUUUGGACAGAACUGGUACAAUAGAAAAAAAAAGAGAAAAACGAAUGAACGCUAAAAUUCCUCAAAAACCAGAAACUUAUGAAAGUUUGGUUGAAAAGGAAAAAAAGUUGAGUGUCCAAAUCGCAGACUUAGAACGCCAGCUGCAUGCCACCAAUAAUCCUAAUGAGCUACAAAGCUCCUCUACCACUGAGGAAGAUCCCCUGGAACUAUUUAUGAAAGACUUAAAACAGAGCAAAUUGGACAAACAAACUAUUAGUAAACUCAAAUCAGAAUUGUUUAAAUUGAAACAAGAACACACACAAGUGGUAAAAUUAGCAAACAUAGCCAAGCCUGCUGAUCUUCCUCCACUAAUCUCUCAUGAUGAAAAAAUGAAAAAACAGGAAGAAAAUUCUCAUUCUAAAGUAUCAAAACUUCCAAUGUUUGGCAAAAGAAAAAAAGUAAAAGUACAGUUGCCUCAAAGAAUAGAAAUUUCUGAAGAGAAUAGAAUGCAAGAAGAUGGUGAAGAAGAAGAUGAAAAUGAGCAUGAACAAGCAGGAAAUAAAAAGCAGAGCCUUGAUACUACAGUCGGCAUCCCAAGUAGCUCUAAUGUAAAUGAUAUCGUGGGAAAUUCAAAUAUAGCUGGCGCCUCUAACUUCGCAGUCAAACAUAUUUCCAAAAUACUGAAAAUUAUGAACAAAUUGAAAAAACUAGCAAUGAAAGAAGAUCACAUGGAAAUAUACAGCAAAACAUUGGAAGCCAAGAAACGAAAAAUACUUCAACAAAUUCGAAAAGUAUCGAAUUCAGAAUUAACAGCAAGACAGGAGCGACAAAUAUCCACAGAAUUGGAGCGAAUCUACAAAGAAGUAAUUGCAAUGACUAUGCACAAAGUAACUGUUAUCGAUCAAGUCAAAGACUUAGGAAGACAAAUCAAGGAUCUUAACAACGAAGUUAUCGACGAACUUGAACGAGUAAAAAACAUCUUGGCUCAAGAAGAACAGAUCUCAGAUGAGUGUAUUAACUCUCUUUUAACAAAUAACGUGGGUAGUUCGUCAGAUGACGAUGAUGUGGCAUGUAAAAACAAAACAAAAUGUGAAAAAGAAUGUACACCACCAAAGAAACCAAAAGACUGUAUUGCUUCUAGUUCUACUUCAGUAGAAUCUGUCGAUAAUGAAAAUAACUCAGGUGAUGAAGAUGAUGACGAAGCAAUGGAAAUUGAUAGUACACUAAAGAAGAAGAAAAAGAAACGAACACAGAAAAGGUCGCAGCAAAAACAGUACAAAACUGAAAUCGAAAAACAAAAAGGGUAUAAAGAAGAUGCUGCAAAAGAAGGAUAUAAUAUGUGGGUGCCACCAAAUAAUCAAAUUGGUGACGGGCGAACCAGUUUGAAUGAUAAAUUGGGAUAUUAAUAACAUGUACAUUAUAUUUUCUUAUAGUGUGUAUUUAAUGUUUCUCUGUUGUUCUCUGAAAAGUUUAAAAUUAGUAUAAACAAAAUAUUAGAUUGUAAACACUUAUUGUAGUUAAGGCAGUGGUUUCUAAACUUUUUUUAUACGUAUGCCCAGCUGCGUAUCCCAUCCCAUUAAGGGAGCGCACCCCGCAGGUUUGAAAUCACUGCGUUAAGGUAUUUAAAUGAAAUAAGAGAAAUGUAAUAAAUGAGUUAUUGUUUAUUACAUCCGUAUUAAACUCAAGCUUCAUUUAAAGCAACAGCUAUUAGAAUAUUUUGUUAUAUGUAUAAUUAAUAUUUUUGUUAAGUUGCAUUGAUUAUAUUUCAGCUUUGUAAUAAAUGGCAGAAAUAAAUGCAUUAUUCUAGAGAAAGUUCAAAAAAAGAUUAUAUUGUUAAAUAAAGCA